CCUCCGCCUCGACUCCUAUAUAACGGCCCUCUGCUCCCAACCUUCUAUCUUCACAGUUCUGUUACAUCUUCUUCAUCGUCUAAAUAAGCUCUUUUAAUCAGAAUGGCAGCCUCGGACGUGGAUUCGUCCUUCUUCCUGCUCUUCCUUCCCAAGGAGGCUUUCUCGCCGAUGAUCACCGUUUCCUUGUUGUCUCUCGCCGCCAUUUGCCUCUUCCCAGGUGGCGUUGCAUGGUUGCUAUCUCCCUGCCGCCGCCCGAUACCUGGACCUUCAGGCGUCAUCACGGCACUUGCCGGUACGGCGGCUCACAGAGCACUUGCGAACCUCGCAAGCUCUUUAAAAGCUACUCAGUUGAUGGCCUUUUCUGUUGGUAUCAGCCGCUUCAUCGUCUCGAGCCAUCCGGAAACUGCCAAGGAGAUUCUUAACAGCUCUGCUUUUGCUGACCGUCCCAUUAAGGAAUCUGCUUACGAACUCCUCUUCCACCGAGCCAUGGGGUUUGCUCCCUUUGGCGAGUAUUGGAGGAAUCUAAGAAGGAUUUCAGCGACUUAUCUUUUCUGCCCAAAGAGAAUCUCAUCCUUUGGGAAGCAAAGGAUGGAUAUUGGUGAGUCUAUGGUGGCGGAAAUAAGAGGUUUGAUGGAGAGAGAUGGGGCAGUGGAGGUCAAGAGGGUGUUACAUUUUGGGUCUCUGAACAACAUUAUGAUGAGCGUUUUCGGGAAAAAAAUUAAUUUUGGGAAGGGAGAUGGCGUGGAGCUUGAGGGGUUGGUGAAGGAGGGUUAUGAGUUGCUUGGGAUGUUUAACUGGAGUGACCACUUGCCUCUGGUUGGUUGGAUGGAUCUUCAAGGUGUGAGGAGGAGGUGUCGGAAGCUGGUGGACAGGGUGAAUGUAUUUGUGAGUCAGAUCAUAGAGGACCAUAGGAAAAGGAGGGUAUCUGAUAGCGUAGGGGCUGUUAAGGUUGAUCGAGCUGGGGACUUUGUUGAUGUGCUCCUUGAUUUAGAGAAAGAGGACAAGCUCUCAGAUUCUGAUAUGGUAGCUGUUCUCUGGGAGAUGAUUUUUAGAGGAACUGAUACUGUUGCAAUCCUGUUGGAAUGGAUUAUGGCCAGAAUGGUCCUUCAUCCAGACAUCCAAGCCAAAGCUCAAGCUGAAAUCGAUGCUAUUACAAAUGGUAAUUCAAGGCCAGUUUCUGAUUCAGACAUCAAAAACCUACCUUAUAUCCAGGCCAUAGUGAAAGAAUCCCUUCGAAUGCACCCACCUGGCCCUCUCCUGUCCUGGGCUCGCCUCUCAAUACAUGAUGUUCAUGUUGGGAAUUACUUAAUCCCAGCAGGCACUACUGCAAUGGUUAACAUGUGGGCGAUAACUCAUGACAAAAACAUUUGGCCUGAGCCUGAAAAAUUCAAGCCUGAGCGGUUCACUUCUGAAGAUUUCAACAUCUUGGGUUCUGAUCUGAGACUGGCGCCAUUUGGUUCUGGGAGGAGAGUUUGUCCUGGGAAAGCUAUGGCCUUAGCUACAGUUCAUCUCUGGUUGGCUCAACUCUUGCAAAAUUUCAAAUGGGUUGCUGCAGAGAAUAGUUCUGUGGACUUAUCUGAGUGUCUCAAGAUGUCACUUGAGAUGAAAAAUCCUUUGGUUUGUGGAGCUGUGCCAAGGUUCUGAAAGCAAAUCUGAUGUUGGAUCUGUUUUGUCAAUUUUUUUGUUAUUUGGUGUCAAGUACAGGUAAGUGUGUUGAUUAGACUUUUGGAGACUUGGGCAAUCUCCAUAAUUUUGCUACUUAGUUUUAUGUUGUGCCCUUUAUCUGGAUGUGUCUCUUGUAAGGAAGGAAGGUUGGUUGUCAAGUCUUGUGUUUGCUCCUAUAGUUCCAAGUUAUGUCAUGCGUGUACUGAGAAUUAGUUAAUUAUGAUAUAUAAUGAUAAGUUUCCUAGUAUA